GCGGUUUGAAUUGAAGUUUCUUCUAGUGCCAGAUACUCAACUUCGUCCUCAACCCACGCGACCGAUCCGCUCUGGAAGGAAAAACAGAAAAUCGACGGAUUAUUUCCGAAAAGUUCCUCGUUCUCUUUUUAAUUAUCGGAAAAACGGCGGCGUCCGCGCAGAUGAAUCGUUCGUCGAAAAAGACUCCCGUAGGUUUUUACGAAAUCGGACGUACUAUUGGCUAUCCGGUCAAUCUUUGAGAGUAAAAGUUUUUUUUUUUGGAAGAUUUUUCGUGUUUCACGUUUUAAAAUCGUACAAAAUUCGAAGCGAUUGAUUUUCUCGAGGAAACACGAAGAAAUCAACGGUGAUGAGCCGCAGAUACCUCGGUAACACUUUGUGAUCAGCGGACUGUGAUAUAUCUGUAUAUUAUCAUAACGCAUACGUAUUAUUAUUAUUGUAUAACUCGAAGAAGGUCAAACUGUAACGACAAGCACCAUGGCAGAAAAGAAUCACGACGCAACAGAUCCGGAGAAGACCUCUCUGAUGGACUCGACGAUCCCGUCGUUGCUCCCGAAGAUCCCGUCGAGCAAGUUGCUCGAUGACGAAAAAACGAAUUUGACGGUUAACGGUGAUGCCGCGAAUGGGAUCUCAACGAACAACAACGAUCCCGAAGGCGGCAACGCGAUCAAAGGCAGCGCCGUCAGACAGGUUCUGGCCGCGGUGGUGGCUCAACUUGGCACCAUCAACACCGGCAUGGCAUUCGGUUUUUCCGCCAUAGCUUUACCGCAACUCCAGGAACCGGACAGUAUCAUCCCCAUUGUGCAGGGAUCGACGGAAGAAUCUUGGAUUGCUAGCAUGUCUUCCAUCGGCACGCCAAUCGGUUGCCUGAUGUCCGGCUAUAUGAUGGAUAGAUUUGGCAGAAAACGCUCGCUCAUCAUCACAGAAAUUCCGGCGCUGCUCGGCUGGCUGCUCAUCACGUUCGCGACCGACAUACGCAUGAUCUACGCCGGUCGCUUCUUCGUCGGUCUGGGAUCGGGCAUGGUGGGCGCGCCCUCGCGCGUUUACACCAGCGAGGUGACGCAGCCGCAUCUACGAGGGAUGCUGAUCGCGCUUGCGAGCGUCGGAGUGAGCACCGGAGUGCUGAUCGAAUACUUGCUCGGCAGCAUGCUCGCGUGGAACGUGUGCGCGGCGAUCAGCGGUAUUUUGCCGUUCACCGCGCUGCUUCUGAUGUUCUUCUUCCCGGAAACACCGUCCUACCUCAUAUCACGCAGCAAGCCUGAACAGGCGAAACAGGCGCUGCGAAAGUUUCGCGGCAGUACUUACAACGUGAAUCAGGAGAUGGAAAAGUUGAUGGAGUUCUCGAAUAAGAACAACAUCAAACGGCUCACCGGUUUCCGGGAAAUCACGAGCGCGUUGCUGAAACCUAACGCGCUCAAGCCGUUCACCUUGCUGUCUCUUUACUUCCUCAUAUAUCAGUGGUCCGGGACUAACGUUAUCACGUUCUACGCGGUCGAGAUCUUUCAAGAUUCAGGAGCGAGCAUGAACAAAUAUCUGGCGGCGGUUAUACUCGGAAUAGUGAGGCUAGCCUGCACUAUCCUAGCCUGCGUUUUGUGCAGGAGAUACGGUCGACGACCGCUCACAAUGGUGUCUUCUAUCGGCUGUGGAUUCUCCAUGAUAGGCCUAGGCGGUUACAUGUGGCUGAAGGAAUACUGGAUGAACAACAAUAUACCGUUUAUCGCCACGUGGUUCCCGGUCGUGUGUAUAUUCUCUUACACCAUCGCGUGUACUCUUGGCUUCUUAGUAAUACCGUGGGUAAUGAUCGGCGAGGUUUAUCCCGUACAAGUGCGCGGUAUUAUCGGCGGUAUCACCACCAUGUGCGCGCACGCGUUCAUCUUCGUGGUGGUCAAGACCUAUCCGCUUCUGGUCAGCGUGUUUACUCAUCAUGGUACUUUCAUUCUCUACGGUUGCAUAUCCUUGUUUGGUACGAUAUACUUCUACACUUGCCUACCGGAGACCAAAAAUAAGACACUGCAAGAAAUCGAAGAUUACUUCUCCGGGAGGAGCGACAAUCUGAUACCUAACAGAAUAAACAAUAAGCCAAAGGUUUUAGAAGUUAAGAAAGGCCAGAUAUUACCGUGACAAAAUUCGUGUUUUAUUUUUCUUUUAUUUUAAUAUCACGCGACUUUUGCAUUACUUACGCGCUUGUAUAUAACAGUCUAAUUUUAGUUCACAGAAAGCAUUUGUUUCAAGUACAUAUACAGUGAUUUAAGACGUUGAAGAAUGUAUGAAUUAAGAAUGUUGUUCAUUUUGUACGAAUCUAUAAUAUAGGGCAAAGUACUCAAGAAAAACUCUUUGACGUUUUUGUGACAAAUAUAUCGACUUUGACACAAGAUAAAUAAUAGAUAUUUGCAGACACACAUAUAAUAACAAAACAGAUGUGCAAACCUGAUGACAGGAUAUAAAAAUAUCUAUUCGAUGACAAAAUAUAAAAAUAAUCACACAUUAUUGUUGUAACACACAUUAUGUUGUCGAAUUAAUUAUCAAGGAAAAAAUCUUGUUAGUUUAUCGCAGCGUCAGAUUUGUUUGUUUUUAUAAAGUAUGAAAGUUUAUUUAUAUAAUAUUAAUUUCGUUUUUUUAUAAUAUUAAUUUCGGUUUUUUUUAGUAACAUAUUGCCUUUACGCAUGAUCGUGAAUCAAAUAUCGUGUUUGAAAACUGACUAAAAAUGUAUUUUAAUCUUCGAAUUUUUUAAUCGACGCAAAAUCGAUCGAUGACGCCUUGAUAAUUUAAUAUCGUAUGCACGAAUGUGUGAAAAACUGAUGCUAUUUAUUGUAUUAUAGUAUUCAAUUUGAAUGUAUGCGUGCGAGAGUAGCGUGUAAUAAUAGAAUGAUGAUGAGAAGAAUGUUAUACAAAAAAUGAUAAAUGUAUUAUAUAUAUAUGUAUACAUAUAUCAGUAGACUUUAAGGUUUUAAACUCGGAACGGAAUUGUGUUGCGACACUAGUAUUUAAUGAAACUCAGAAUUCUCAAAGUUAUUGUAAAGUUCAGAUACAGUUCGUUAACCUUCGUCAUGAGCGAUCAAGAACCACACAACUAUUUCAUGUUAAUGAAACGAACGUGCAAAAUACAAAAAUCUGAUUAAUUAUCUUACAAAUGUCUUAAAAUGUGAAUAUUGUACAUAAAGAACUUUACGAACAUAUAACGAACGAAUGAUUGUAUAUAUGCGAGCAACUUAUUUUUUAUAAAAGAAAGUAAAAAAAGUAAAAUUUAGUGCUCGUUUAA